AUGAAUCCGUUAUUCGGCCCCAACCUCUUCCUCCUGCAGCAGGAGCAGCAGGGCCUGGCCGGGCCGCCGGGGGACCCUCUGGGAGGCGACCGCUUCGCGGGGGGUGGGGACGCGAGCCCGUCGCCGCGCGCCCCUCCGGGCCCGACUGCCUACUUGCCGCCUGAGCCGGGCCCCGCGCCCCCCGCCGCCAUGGCCCUCCGCAACGACCUGGGCUCCAACAUCAACGUGCUCAAGACCCUGAACCUCCGCUUCCGCUGCUUCCUGGCCAAGGUGCACGAGCUGGAGCGCCGCAACCGGCUGCUGGAGAAGCAGCUGCAGCAGGCGCUGGAGGGCGGCAAGCCGGGCCGGCGGGGCCUGGCUCGCCGCGACCAGGCCGUGCAAACCGGCUUCGUCAGUCCCAUCCGGCCCCUGGGGCUGCCCCUGGGCGCCCGGCCGGCCGCCGUCUGCACCCCGUCGGCGCGGGUGCUGGGCUCGCCCGCGCGCUCGCCCGCCGGACCCCUCGCGCCCGCCGCCGCCACCUGCCACUCCUCGCCCUCCGCCUCCGCCUCCACCUCCACCUCCGCCUCCGCCUCCACCUCCGCCGCCUUCUCCUCGCCAUCCCGCUUCAUGCCCGGCACCAUCUGGUCCUUCUCUCACGCCCGCCGGGCCGGCCCGGGACUGGAGCCCAUGCUGGUGCAGGGGCCUGGCCUGUCCUGGGUGCACCCCGACGGGGUGGGCGUCCAGAUCGACACCAUCACCCCCGAGAUCCGCGCCCUCUACAACGUGCUGGCCAAGGUGAAGCGCGAGCGAGACGAGUACAAGCGGAGGUGGGAAGAGGAGUACACGGUGCGGAUUCAGCUGCAAGAGCGAGUGCGUGAGCUCCAGGAGGAGGCCCAGGAGGCCGACGCCUGCCAGGAGGAGCUGGCGAUGAAGGUGCAGCAGCUGAAAGCGGAGCUGGUGGUCUUCAAAGGGCUUAUGAGCAACAACCUGUCGGAGCUGGACGAGAAGAUCCGGGAGAAGGCCAUGAAGGUGGACAUGGACAUCUGCCGCCGCAUCGACAUCACCGCCAAGCUCUGCGACGUGGCCCAGCAGCGCAACUGCGAGGACGUGAUCCAGAUGUUCCAGAAGAAACUGGUCCCAUCCAUGGGGGGGCGGAAGCGGGAGCGCAAGGCUGCCACGGAGGAGGAGCCCUCCCUGUCGGAGAGCGCCGGGCCCCGCCAGCCCGAGGGGGAUGAGGAGGAGAGCACGGCCCUCAGCAUCAACGAGGAGAUGCAGCGCAUGCUGAACCAGCUGAGGGAAUAUGAUUUUGAGGACGACUGUGACAGCCUGACCUGGGAGGAGACUGAGGAGACCCUGCUGCUCUGGGAGGAUUUCUCAGGCUAUGCCAUGGCGGCGGCAGAGGCCCAGGGAGAGCAACCGGAAGACAGUCUGGAGAAGGUGAUCAAAGACACCGAGUCCCUGUUCAAGACCCGGGAGAAAGAGUAUCAGGAAACCAUCGACCAGAUAGAGCUGGAGCUCGCCACGGCCAAGAACGACAUGAACCGGCACCUGCACGAGUACAUGGAGAUGUGCAGCAUGAAGCGAGGCCUGGACGUGCAGAUGGAGACCUGCCGCCGGCUCAUCACCCAGUCCGGGGACCGAAAGUCUCCUGCUUUCACUGCCGUCCCGCCUAGCGACCCGCCACCACCGCCGAGCGAGGCUGAGGACUCCGAUCGAGACGUCUCAUCUGACAGCUCCCUGAGAUAG